UUCUGUGUAUCUUAUAAAAUGCAUCAUUACUGUUGAAAAUUGCAUAUACUGAAGAACCGCACGGAAGGAUGUAUCAAAGCCCGUCGAGAGAGACUGCUUAAUAUUGCUGCAAAAUCUCUGGAUGCAGGCUAUGGCCAAUAAACAUCUCUUUCUUGUCCAAGCUGAAAACUGAAACUUCCCGUGUUUGUUCCACCACUAGAUGGUGCUGGAUGGACAUAUAUCAUUAUUUCACGUCCUUUAACCCAGGAAGUGGAUGUAGCCGUCAUAUCACUGCGCAUGGCCGGUGAAGUUCUUUACAGACGUUCAAUAUGUCUCUUGCAUUUUAAAUACUUUUUCUGUAUUAAUAAGUUUCAGUCAUUUAAGUGUUAGAUACACAAUGAUAUUAAGGCCUUGUGCCCGUGUGUACGCAAACACUCGGGACUGUUUACGUGGAAUUCGACCACUUAACACUUUGUCAGCUGUCAUUGAGCAGAAUGGCAAAACCGGCCUCGUCCUUCAAUCCAUGUCCACUGACAUUUUUGAGAACCUGGCUUUUGAGGACUGGGUACACCAGCACGUGGACCUCCAGGAUCGGAGGAUACUUUUCCUGUGGAGAAACGCCGCAGCAGUGGUCAUCGGCAGACAUCAGAAUCCCUGGCAGGAGUGCAACCUCCAGCUAAUGAGAGAGAGGGGGGUCCCACUCGCGAGACGGCGGAGUGGUGGAGGGACCGUGUACCAAGACCUGGGGAACAUCAACAUGACCUUCUUCACGUCAAAGCGAAAGUACGAUCGACACAAGAAUCUUAACGUUGUUACCAGCGCUUUAAAGAAACUGCGGCCCGCUCUGGAUGUGCACGCAACCGAUAGAUUCGACAUACUACUAAAUCGGGACUUUAAAAUAUCUGGGACCGCCGCUAAAUUGGGGAGAGCAGACGCGUAUCAUCAUUGCACACUGCUUUGCGCAGCAGAUCUGGCACUGCUGUCCCCGGUUCUGAAAAGCACGUGCCGAUCAAUCAGGAGCAAUGCGACACCCAGCGUGCCCUCGCCCGUGAGAAAUCUCGUGGAUGAGGACCCAACUUUAGACUGCGACACGAUCAUGGAGGCCAUAGCAUCCCAGUACAGUGCGGAGUUUGGACUGAACGGCGCAGUCAUGCUUGUUGACCCAACAGACGAGCUGUGCCUUCCCGGCAUCCAUAAAAUGGCCUCUGAACUUCAGACCUGGGAAUGGGUGUUCGGGAGAACGCCUAAGUUCAGCGUCAGUACCUGCUUUGAGGUCAGCUACGAAGCUUCCACCACCAAAGUCACUCUAAAUAUGGACGUAAAGAAUGGUAUUAUAGAGACCUGUUCCAUAGAACUACCUCAGGAUUGGCUGCCCACAGCGCUCUGUCGCGAACUAAACGCCCUCUUGGUCGGUUGCAAGUUCUGCCCCAGUGAAGUCGCGGUUCUUACGUCGGCUGUGCUGAGGACAACCCCGCUGAACAGUGAACUUGAAACCAAGAUGAAUAUUCUAUGCCAGCAUGUGGCUGCUGCCAUGUGAAUAAACAUCAACGUAUACUGGAAUUAAAAUGUCUUAUUUUUUUAUUCAGGAUAUCAGACAUACAGUGCCACUGCAGUGUGUAUCCAUCAAUAAAGUAACAAAUAUACAUUCGUAAACAUACACUUAUAUCUGAAUGGCCACCCUCCUAUUGUAGUGCAAACAGGAUAGGGCUGACUCCAGUGCCAGUUCGGAAGAUCGCUGUGUAGAGGAGCUCAGAAAAGCAAUGCACGUGACAUAUUUUGGUGAAUCUGCGCACUACAGCUGUACAAAUGGCGCACGUGGAAGACCGUGCACGAGCCAAAUGCACUCACUUUACUCCCAAACCAGCGUAACUGACCCUUUAAAUGUUAAGGAGACACGUGUUUCCCAAACUGAGCAGCAAAGAAUUCGACAUGCUCAGGAAUUAUGGCAGACCUAAGAUCCAUCCCUACAAUCCACAAUGAUCUGUAUUAUAUUUCCAAGGCACUUCGCAUUUCAUCUUUUUCCCCACACACAAUUUAUAGUAAAAAUUCUUGGUCAUCUUUUGUGUCCAGGUGCUUAAAACAAUGACGGGGAGGAAAAACUGCAGCACACUGGAUCUCCUUCUAAUCUUACCAACAUUAAUGUACCAUAAAUGUCUAUUU